AUGACCUACAAGGUCCCUUCCAACUAUGUGAAUCUGUUACAUUCCCCGCGCGCCCCCAGCUCUACAACGGAGCGGCUGGUGCCGGAGAGAAGGAACGGAACGCGCAGCAGCCUCCCGCGGCUGAAUGAAUGGGCGCCGCUGCUGUCGAACGACCCGCCCCUAACGGCGAAGGGGAGCCCCCCCCCCCCACUUCCAGCAUCGCCUCCCCCCUACACAAACACACACACACGCACGCACGCGGCGAACAACGAGGAAACCGCUCCGGGACAGCGAUGACGCCUCCAGUCCGACGUUGCCCCCUCGGCUGCCAAGAGAGACGCGGCCGUGAUCGUUUGUUCUUGCGCUUCUCUGGAGGCCGAUCCUGAGCGACCGGGGAAAUCCCCGGGUGAGUUUUCUUCAAACAAACCCGAGUUCGACGUUUCCUUUACAGCCGCAGCCCGGGUUACGAGACUUCCUGGAAGGGGGCCCGAGCAGGAAGAGACAAAAUUGACACGUGGAUCUUUUUUUUUUUUUUCCCCCCCCCCCCCCGGUCUGUUUUCCUUUCCAAAUCGAGGGCGGCCGGCGAGGUGAUGCUUUAGUGUAGCUUGUCUCCGGUGCGAACCUGGGAUUAGGCGUCGUGGAGACAGAGGACUAUCCUCAGGGAGGACCCCGCUCCUUUUCCCAAAUCAACCGACAACCGCCUCUCUUCCUCCGCUUGUUGCUUUUUCAACGCCUUCUAACUUUGAAGCCCGGUCUCUUGUCUCGGAAGAAGAGUAGCUGGUGAGGACUUCAGUGGUUGGAAAGAGUUAGAAAACUUUGGGAAAAGUUAGAUGGGAGCUUCUGACUCUCUUUUUGGGGGGAUUUGGUGUGGUUUGUUCCAUCUGUGGAUUUACACGCACACACACACACACACAGCCUUUGUUUGACUUAAGCCUUUGAAUGGCCUUGAGCACAGGCAUCAACGGAAGGCAGGAUUUCGGGGCCAACCAGCUGGCAUCCCAACAUCACAAGGAGCAUCAACUGCCAGCCCCCAGAGGCCAACAGCAAGAAGCCCUGAAAAAAGAUGGAGGAAUCGGGGAUGUCUUUUGGUCCAGGCCUGAAUCCCGAUUAUGGACCACGAUGCUCCUGCUGGGAACCUGCCUGCUUUACUGCGCCAGGGUCCUAAUGCCCAUCUGUGUGGUCACCAUGAGCUCCCACUUUGACUGGGACAAGAAACAGUCCGGAAUUGUGUUGAGCAGCUUCUUUUGGGGUUACUGCCUUACUCAAAUUGUUGGAGGCCACUUGAGUGACCGGAUAGGAGGGGAGAAAGUCCUUCUCCUCUCUGCCUCGGCCUGGGGAUCCAUCACCGCCAUCACGCCCCUCCUCAUUUCCUCAAGCUCUGCCCACCUGACUCUGAUGACCUUCACGCGCUUUCUUAUGGGACUAUUGCAAGGGGUUUAUUUCCCUGCCUUGGCUAGUCUGCUUUCCCAGAAGGUACAGGAGAGCGAACGAGCAUUGACAUACAGCACGGUUGGAACUGGAUCUCAGUUUGGGACAUUGGUGAUGGGGGCGGCUGGCUCCCUCCUGCUUGACUGGUAUGGAUGGGAAAGCGUCUUUUAUCUUUCAGGCCUGCUCACCUUGCUCUGGGUGUACUGCAUGUGUAAAUUCAUCCUGCCACAAAAAGAAAUAAUAGUCUCACUACAUGACUUGGCAAAGGGUCUUUCCUUAUCAUCCAAACCGACCAAAGUGCCUUGGAGAAAAAUAUUUAGAAAGCCUCCCGUCUGGGCGGUGAUCAUUGCUCAGUUGUGCGCGGCUAGCACUUUCUUCACCCUGCUCUCCUGGCUACCGACGUUCUUCACUGAAACGUUUCCCGAUUCAAAGGGCUGGAUUUUUAAUGUAAUUCCUUGGCUGGUGGCAAUUCCAUUCAGUUUGUUUGCUGGAUUCCUCUCGGAUCAAUGUGUCAGUCAAGGGUGCAAACCAAUCACUGCUCGUAAGUUUAUGCAGGUCAUUGGCUCUGGGGUAUCCAGUCUUUUUGCCUUAGGGAUAGGUUACUCCACCAGCUUUUGCCAAGCAGUAGCCUUCGCCUCAGCCAGUAUCGGACUUCAAACUUUCAACCACAGUGGCAUCUCAGUCAAUAUCCAGGAUCUGGCUCCUUCAUGUGCUGGUUUAUUGUUCGGUGUGGCAAAUACAGGUGGAGCUUUACUAGGUGUCAUUUGUGUGUACCUAGCUGGACACCUCAUCGAAAACACUGGCUCCUGGGUCUCCGUUUUCAAUCUCGUGGCCAUCGUGAAUGCCGUUGGACUUUCCACAUUCCUCAUCUUUGGAAAAGCUCACAGGAUGGACCUGGAUCCAGCCUACACCGAUUUAUAAACCCACCCGCAGACUUAGAGGGAAGUGUCAAGAUUUUGGGAUGGAGAAUGUAAAACAGAAUUCCAGGAAAAUACAUACUAGCCAUGAAAUGAUGAAAGUCCAAGUGUUAACCGGUUAGCUCCAGUUUUACUAGCCAUCUGCUAAUCUUUUCCUCCCAGAUGUUUGGCGUGUGUUUCACCUCUUUGAUCAGGUGCUAUUCCUCCAUUAUCCCAAAGAGGGUUCGCCCCAUGUUUUGGUAUUCUAGCCAACGUUAGACCCAUGUUGGCUGUCCUAGUUGGGAAUUAUAGAAAUCCAGUAGAUCUGGAGAGACCAGGAUCAAUUGUGUGAGAUGACCUGAGGAGAAGUUUAAAUAUGCUAACUUUGACUCCAAUGUCCUUUGCAACAAGUAAUGUAAUGCAACAAUGUCAUUACAUCACAGGCACACUCCCAAAAUAUGCAACCAGGUGGUAGAGCUUGCUCCUGAUUACCUUCCUGUAUGAUAGGAAAUGCAACGAUUUUCCCAUACUCUCCCCUGCCACACAUACAAAAAUUAUUUUUUCCAACAUUCAUGAUGAUCACCUGGACUACAGCAAAAACAUAUAGAAUUCUAAUGUAUGUUUUGAUCCUCUUUUGAGGAGUUUUGAAAGCCGUCAUUGUGACUGUCCUAGGCUUUAAAAUGUUUUAUCAUUUUAAAACACCUUGAUGUUGG